AACAGAAGACCAUGGGCUUUUUAAGUCAAGUAUGCGUCCUUUUCUUCUUUUUUGGAGUCAAGGUAUAUUGCCAGUAUGAAACUCAUCAGUGGGAUGAAGACUAUGAUCGAGAGCCAGACGAUGUCUAUGAACCAGAAUUCCAAUUCCAUCAAAAUGUAGAACAUGGAGUUCCUUUCCAUCAGCGUACUUUAGGCUGUGCCAGCGAAUGCUUUUGUCCGCCUAAUUUUCCCUCAUCAAUGUACUGUGAUAAUCGCAAACUCAAGACUAUCCCAGAUAUUCCAAUGCACAUUCAGCAGCUCUACCUUCAGUUCAAUGAAAUUGAAGCUGUGACUGAACAUCCAUUCAUUAAUGCAACUCAUCUUAAAGAAAUUAAUCUUAGCCACAACAAAAUUAAAUCUCAUAAGAUUGAUCAUGGAGUCUUCACUAAGUUUUCAAAUCUACUACAGCUUCACCUGGAGCAUAACAAUUUAGAAGAGUUUCCAUUUCCUCUUCCUAAAUCUUUGGAAAGACUCCUUCUUGGCUAUAAUGAAAUCUCUAGACUGCAGACAAACGCCAUGGAUGGGUUAAUAAACUUGACCAUGCUUGAUCUUUGUUACAAUCAUCUUCACGAUUCUAUGUUCAAAGAGAAAACCCUCUUCAAAAUGAAAAAAUUAAUGCAGCUCAACCUAUGUAGUAACAGAUUGGAAUCAAUGCCUCCUAAUUUACCUUCUUCACUUAUGUAUCUGUCUUUGGAAAACAAUUCAAUUGCUUCUAUACCAGAAAAUUAUUUCAAGGAACUUCCAGAACUUCGUACUCUAAGAAUGUCACACAACAAAUUGCAAGACAUUCCAUACAAUAUAUUUAAUCUUUCCAACCUUAGAGAGCUUAAUAUCGGACACAAUAAAUUGAAGCAAGCAUUCUACAUCCCAAGAAAUCUGGAACACCUAUACAUAGAAUAUAAUGAAAUCGAAAAUAUCAAUGCUACAGUGAUGUGUCCAUCUAUUAACCCACUACAUUACAACCAUUUAACAUACAUUCGUGCAGACCAAAAUAAGCUAAAAGAACCAAUAAGCUCAUACAUUUUCUUCUGCUUCCCUCACAUGCAUACUAUUUAUUAUGGUGAACAAAGAAGCACUAAUGGUCAAACAAUACAACUUAAGACCCAAGUUUUCCGAAGACAUCAAGAUCAAGACGAUGAUGAUGAUGAUGAUGAUGGUGACCAUAAUAAUGCUUAUGAAGUCCAAGAACAAGAAGAAACAGAAGAAAAUAUUGCGCCUCAUUAUUAUGAAAUUCAGCAAUGGCAGGAAACUAUAUAGGUAUACAUUUAUGAAUUUACAAAACCUUAUUAUUCAAGGCAAAUCUAACUGAACACUAAAUUUCAGUCAUUGAUAGAUUUUGCAUCAUUGGGGUUAGAGCUUACUCAAAAUGAUAUAAAUAUUUGGAAAUAUAUAUUAGAGUGACAAGUAGAAAUCAAAAGCUAAACUUUAAUGAUUUCUUAUACUUUUUAAAUGUAAAAAGAUUAUUGUGUUAGGGAAAAAAAGUGUGUACGCCAUUUCUAUUAACAGAGAUUUUUUUAAGAAUGAUGAAAGGUGUAGUUUUAGAAGCUAAGAACUGGAAGCCAUGUCCUUUAAAUCACUAUGAAAAUCAUGUUCCAAUUAUAGGAGUGUGUAUUAAUGUAACAGGCCAUUCAGUAGUAAAAAAGUAGGUUAUUUUCUUUGCCUUAAUCACCACAAAAGCUUUUACACUUCUAUUUGUGAUCUCAUCACUGUGACGUCCAUCCCCCUGGUCCCACCAUCGACCAAAAACCAAACCCAUUGCCAUGGAGUCAAUUCCGACCCAUAGCAACCCUAUAGGACAGAGUAGAACUGCCCCAUAGGAUUUCCAAGGCUGUAAAUCUUUACAUAAGCUAACUGCCGUAUCUUUCUCCCACAGAGGGGCUGGUUGGUUCAAACCAACCAGCAUAGGACAAAAGUUUUGAUUUUCAAGAAGCUACCCUACUAAGGAUUCAAGGUGUACAGAUUCAUGACAUCACCUGGGCUCUGUCUCAGAGUACCAAAGCAGCAAAAUCAUAAACCCUAUGUAUGGAUAACUAAAACAACACCAAAUUAUCUCAUUGUAAUCUAUAUUUUAGCAAAUUUCAACUACUGUCAAAAACAAUUUUUACAGUGCUCCAUUUGAAUUGGGACAAAUAUGUUUUAUAGUAAAUUCAACUACAGAAAUGUUUCUUGGUUUUAUGUACAUAAAGAUUUGCUAAUAAUUAAGUGCUUUGCAAAAUAAAGGUGUCCCUGGGUGAUGCAAACAGUUAACUCACUCAGCUGCUAACACAAAGGUUGGAGGCUCAAGUCCACCCAGAGAUGUCUUGAAAGAAAGUCCUGACAAUCUACUUCCGAAAAAUCAGCCAUCGAAAACCGUAUAGAUCACACUCUACUCUGACACACAUGGGGUCGCUAUGAGUUGGAAUUGACUCGACUAUAGCUGAUUGGCUGUUCAGUAAGAAAUGCUUUAUGCCUUAUUUACAUUGUGCCAAAACUGAACAUAAUUCCUUUAAUAUUUGAACAUUAGAAGAGGCUUUAACAUCUUUAAACCUUUGUAAA